AAAAAACCCAACACACACAGAGAGAGCAGUGUGCAGAGCUGGGAAAUGUAAAAGGUAACUUCAAGAACCUAAUAACAAUCAGAAGUAGCAGAAGGAAUAAGGAAACAUCGCCAGGGGUUUAACAACAAGCAGGGAAAAAACACAAAGGCAAGAUUGAAGCGAAGGAAGCUCACUCCCUGACAUGUAUGCUUGAAGAACUUGUACAGAAAUCUGUGCAAGAUUCAAGUCUCUCUUGCAAUUCUUUCUGCAUCCUCCCGAAUGGCGAGAUUUAAAGACAGAUUUCCAGGAUCUGUGCUGCUCACCCUUCUCUUCUGUGGAUUUUGCACCCACGCCUGCCCCAGUCGCUGUGUCUGCUCUGGAUCCAACGUGGAUUGUCAUCAUUUGGGAUUAAAGGCUGUCCCGAGAGGAAUACCCAGGAAUACUGAGAGACUUGAUCUGGACAAGAACAACAUCACACGGAUUUCAAAGAUGGACUUUGUUGGGCUGAAGAAUCUCCGGGUUUUACAUCUUGAGGAAAACCAGAUCAACGUAAUUGAAAGAGGAGCCUUUCAGGAUCUGAAGCAAUUGGAAAGACUGCGGCUCAACAAGAAUAAACUCCAGGUACUUCCUGAGCUACUCUUCCAAGGCACCCCCAAGCUCUCCCGGCUCGACUUCAGUGAGAACCGAAUCCAAGCUCUUCCCCGUAAAGCAUUCCGUGGUAUUGUUGACAUCAAAAACCUGCAGCUGGACAAUAACCACAUAAGUUGUAUAGAGGAUGGAACGUUCAGAGCUCUGCGUGACCUGGAGAUUCUGACUCUCAACAAUAACAACAUCAGCCUUAUCCCAUUGACCAGUUUCAACCACAUGCCAAAACUAAGGACUUUGCGGUUUCACUCCAAUAACUUGAUCUGUAACUGCCACUUGGCCUGGCUUUCAGAUUGGCUGCGGCAACGCCGUCCUAUUGGUCAAUACGCCCAGUGCGCUGGCCCUAUUCACCUAAGAGGCCUCUACGUUGCUGAUGUUCCAAAGAAAGAGUUUACUUGCAGCGGGCCACAGUCCACCGAGACUCAGUCGUGCAAUGCCCAUGCUACAUCAUGUCCGCCAGCGUGUGUGUGCAGCAACAACAUCGUGGACUGCCGAGGGAAAGGGCUGACCGAAAUCCCGGUCAGCCUUCCGGAAAACAUCGUGGAAAUACGCUUAGAACAGAAUUUGAUCAAGACUGUGGGAGCUGGUGCCUUUAGCCAGUAUAAGAAGCUCAAACGCUUAGACCUGAGUAAGAACCAAAUCUCAGAGAUUGCAGCAGAUGCAUUCCAAGGACUCCGGUCACUCACCUCACUUGUCCUGUAUGGAAACAAGAUUACUGAAAUCCCCAAGGGUCUGUUUGAUGGGCUGAUAUCGAUUCAGCUGCUGUUGCUAAAUGCCAACAAGAUUAACUGUUUGCGUGUGAACACCUUCCAGGACCUGCAGAACCUCAAUCUCCUUUCAUUGUAUGACAACAAACUCCAGACCAUCACAAAGGGACUGUUUACACCGCUCCGUUCCAUUCAAACCCUCCACUUGGCCCAGAAUCCUUUUGUGUGCGAUUGCCAUCUGAGGUGGCUAGCUGACUACCUCCACAACAAUCCGAUUGAGACUAGCGGUGCCCGCUGCACCAGCCCACGCCGACUGGCCAACAAACGGAUCAACCAGAUCAAGGCCAAGAAGUUCCGAUGUUCAGGAUCGGACGACUACCGGACCAAGCUCACUGGUGACUGCUUCAUGGACAUGGUGUGCCCUGAGAAAUGUCGCUGUGAGGGCACCGUUGUGGACUGCUCCAACCAAAAGCUCACCAGGAUACCCACUCACAUCCCAGAAUACACCACUGAACUGCGACUGAAUGACAAUGAACUGACGAUCUUGGAGGCAACAGGUAUCUUUAAGAAGCUGCCAAACCUGCGGAAAAUAAACCUGAGCAACAACAAGAUCAGAGAUAUCCGGGAGGGAACAUUCGAAGGGGCGUCAGGAGUCUUGGAAUUGUUGCUGACUGGAAAUGAACUGGAAAUGGUCCAUAGCCGAAUGUUUGCUGGUCUCUCUGGACUCAAGACACUGAUGCUGCGGAAUAACCGGAUCAGUUGUGUCAACAAUGACACUUUCACUGGCCUUAGUUCUGUCCGGUUGCUGUCACUGUACGAUAACCGGGUCACCACCAUCACCCCUGGAGCUUUCAACACCCUCCAUUCUCUCUCCACCAUCAACCUUUUGGCCAAUCCCUUCAAUUGUAACUGUCACCUGGCCUGGUUGGGGCGGUGGCUGAGGAAGAGAAGGGUCGUCAGUGGAAACCCACGCUGUCAGAAACCGUUCUUCCUCAAGGAAAUCCCGAUCCAGGAUGUGGCUGUUCAGGAUUUCACCUGUGACGUGGAUAACAACGAGAGCAGCUGCCUGCCAGGGCUGCACUGUCCUGAACUCUGCAGCUGUGUUGACACGGUGGUCAGAUGCAGUAACAAAGGAUUUCGCACCCUACCAAAAGGCAUUCCCAAAGACGCAACUGAGCUAUACUUGGAAGGGAAUCAGCUGAUGUCAGUCCCCAAAGAGCUCUCUAACUACAAGCAUUUAUCACUCAUAGAUUUAAGCAACAACAGUAUCAGCGUGCUGAGCAAUUCUAGCUUCAGCAACAUGUCCCAGCUCUCAACACUAAUUUUGAGCUACAACCGACUGCGGUGCAUUCCCGUCCAUGCUUUUGAUGGUCUGAAAUCUCUGAGGUUGUUGACCCUACAUGGUAAUGACAUCUCCACCAUUCCUAACGGAGCAUUCAGUGGUCUAUCGUCACUUUCUCACCUUGCCCUUGGGGCUAAUCCUUUGUACUGUGAUUGUAGCCUGCGCUGGCUAUCUGAAUGGGUGAAGACAGGCUACAAGGAACCAGGAAUUGCUCGCUGCACCGGGCCAGAGGAAAUGAACGAGAAACUCCUUCUAACAACGCCUACAAACAAGUUUCACUGCAAAGAUCCACUGAACAUUGCUAUCAAAGCCAAAUGCAACCCCUGCCUGUCCAGUCCUUGCAAAAACAAUGGGACCUGUAACAGUGACCCCACUGAGUUCUUCAGAUGUACUUGUCCCUAUGGGUUUAAGGGCCAGGAUUGUGGUGUUCCCAUCAACGCCUGUAUCAACCACGCAUGCCAAAAUGGAGGAACCUGUCGCCUCACUGAGGGGGAGAAGCAUGGAUUCAGGUGCCUUUGUCCUGCAGGUUUUGAAGGGCAGCUGUGUGAGAUAAAUCCUGAUGACUGUGAGGAUAAUGACUGUGAAAAUAAUGCCACUUGUGUCGAUGGAAUCAAUAACUACGCCUGUCUUUGCCCGCCUAACUACACAGGAGAACUAUGUGAAGAGGUGAUAAACUACUGUGUUCCAAGCCAUAAUCCUUGCCAGCAUGGCUCCAAAUGUAUCUCAAAGGACAGGAAGUACAGAUGUGAGUGCUUGCCUGGAUACACUGGUGAAAACUGCCAAACUGAUUAUGACGACUGUGUGGAAAAUAAGUGUCGGCACGGUGCACAAUGUGUUGAUGCUGUUAAUGGUUACACAUGUGUCUGCCCCACUGGCUUCAGUGGGUUGUUCUGUGAGAUCCAUCCACCCAUGGUCCUGCCCCGUACCAGUCCCUGCGACAAUUACGACUGCCAGAACGAGGCUCAGUGCAUUGAGGUACAUAAUGAACCCGUCUGCCAGUGCCUGGCUGGCUUUGCAGGACAGAGGUGUGAGAAACUUGUCACCGUCAACUUUAUCGGGAAGGAUUCUUACGUGGUGCUGCCAGCCUCCCAGGUUCGGCCGCAGGCAAAUAUCUCACUCCAGGUUGCAACAGACAAGGACAAUGGUUUACUGCUGUACAAAGGUGACAAUGACCCUCUGGCGCUAGAACUCUACCAAGGACAUGUUCGGCUGAUAUAUGAUGCUUCAAGCUAUCCCCCUACCACUGUGUACAGUGUGGAGACAAUCAACGACGGACAAUUCCACACCGUCGAGUUAAUGAUGAUGAACCAAUCGCUGAGCCUGGUUGUGGACAAAGGAACUCCCAGGAGCUUGGGGAAGCUACACAAACAGCCGACUCUGAGUCUGAACUCCCCGCUGUAUAUUGGAGGCAUCCCCCCAGUCUCGGGGAUGGCAGCACUCCGCCAAGGACCUGACCGCAGCCUCAAUGGCUUCCAUGGCUGCAUUCACGAUGUGCGCAUCAAUAACGAGCUGCAGGACUUCAGGAGCUUGGCCCAGAUGCCCCUGGGCGUCUCUCCGGGAUGCAGGUCCUGCAACGUCUGCAAACACGGCGUGUGCCACUCGCUCGACCAGUCCAGCAUCACCUGUGAUUGCCAUCCUGGGUGGACAGGGCCGCUGUGUGACCAGGAAACCCAGCACCUCUGUCCUAACAACAGGUGCGUUCAUGGAACAUGUGUAAUGUCUGACUCCACAUACCGCUGUGUGUGCAAGGAUGGCUAUGUUGGCAAGCUCUGUGAUAAAGGCCAACUGACAGACAACUGUCAGAAUCUGAAGUGCGACCAUGGCCGCUGUAAGAUAUCUGGUCAAGGGGAGCCAUAUUGUGAGUGUGAUACCAACUUUACCGGAGAAACCUGCCAAACAGAGCUCCUCUGUCAAAAGGAAAUGUUUCGCGAUGUCUAUCGUAAGCAGCAAGGCUACGCCUCAUGCCAGACCACGGUUAAAGUCCCUCGGCUGGAAUGCAAGGGAAGCUGUGCCAAUGGGGAGUGCUGUGUGCCACUACGUAGCAAGCGACGGAAAUAUGUCUUCCAGUGCACAGACGGCUCCUCGUUUGUGGAAGACGUUGAGAGGGUUGUUGACUGCGGCUGUGGGAGUUGUUCUUUGUAGGGGCCCCGAAACAGGAAGUGGAGGCUCAACAACAGCAUGCACCUGUGACAAGUAUUGAACCCUUUAACUCUCAUAGUGGACCAAAAGAAAUGGAAAUAUAUUGUAAGAUAACAAAUAGAACCUAUUUUUAUUAUUAAAAAAAAGGACUAUUUUCUUCAGGUAUUACUAAAAUAUAUCACAUCACCUGGGUAUGUAUACCAUACUUUGUUACCUUUGCAAGAUGUUUUGUUUUCUGUUUUAUUAACCUGACGGAGAUAUUCUGGAAAAAGCUUGCUCAAUUGGUUAAUGUGAAAGUGUUUGAAGGACCUGUUAUAUUACUGUCCAACUGACUUAAGCUUUUGAAGAAAGGAACGUCGCUGAAUACCAAUUGGCUCUUCAUUUUACUGUAGCCUCCAUCAUCCUUCCUGACCCCUGUGUUGUUGUCCAAGGGACUUUCACGUGACUGUCAAUACAGUGUAAUCAAUACUCUUCAGAUCCCUGCUAACUUGCUGUCUCCGAUUUAAUAGCCAUAAUGCUAAUGAAGCUGUGUAACUGCCAGCAGCUUCUACCAUCCACACUUGCACAGUUAAACGCAGAAAUCCAUGAGUUGUUGACAGUGGCUCUCUGCUCCUCCAUGGAGCACUGUUGAAGUUGUUACGGACCAGAUUUAUUACUGACCAACAAAACAAAAAUCAUUGGACUGAUCAGGACCUCCACUAUUUUUCAUGUUGUCAUUUUUAAAUGGAUUUUUUAAUGCUUUUUAAAGUUUGAAAUUAUUGCUAAACAACUUCUCUGAUCCUCAAUCACAAGUCUUUUUUUCCAUUUGUCAGUAUCACAAUUCUGUGAUGUCUGGAAAUCUGUCUCCAAUUUUAUUUCAUUCUCCAUGAAAUUAUGUGCAACAAUCACAGAUAAUCAGUGCUUUUACCUCUCUGACUUGAUGUCUAUGGGAAUUCGCCAAUGUAUUUGGCUAUUUGGUUGAAUUAAUUAUAUCAUUGGUGCAGGAGGUUGUCUUGACUUGGUGUUAUGAACCAGACCAGACCCCCUUAAAAUAUUUUAAGAAGGUAGCCUAGACCCUAAUUUUUUCUUAUUUUAAAGGUAAAUGUCAGGUGCUGUGUUCCAGAUGCAAUUCAAUUGGUCAAACUAUGCGACAUUAAGCAAAGCACAAUUUAUUCAAACACUGUAGUUAAAUUCCAACAAAAGGAAGAAGAACUUAGAAUAACAACUCUAUUGGAAAAUGUAACAAAUAGUAGAUACAGUAACCAUUACUAAUUAACAGUUCCUAUAUAGUAACCACAUAAACACCCCCCUGGCAAAAGACAAAUUCAGAAAACAAAUUUUGACUAAUGCAAUCCAGUAACCUAAGAAGACAGCCCUCAGCUUUUAGCUGUAAUCGAGAGAGGGAAAAAUAGCUUCCACUUCUUCAAGACGCCAACAGCAACAGCUGCUGAAAACUAAAAAUCCUUGGUUCUGUGGGUGGGAGCUUGACCACACCCAUCCAUGCUGCUUCUAUUGUUCCAACUUCAAAAAAAAAAGACCCAAGGCUUCACAAGUUGUUUAUUUUCUCAUAGGAUGCCUAGUACUUGUUCCCCAAUCUAUCUCUCUCUGUCUAUCUAUCUAUCUAUUUGAAAGGACAAAACACACCUCUUAAAGCCACGGCAUCGGCACAUUUGGCACUGCAAUUAAGUUAAUGCUGGAGAAGAUAGAAUUGGUAAGAUGUGGAUAGUUAAAUCUUUGUUGACAGCUUUCUUUGAGGUCAGUGUUAAGCACUGUCUCUUCAUUCCAAAUCAUAAAAUACAGGCCACUGUUAACAAUAACGUUGUGAAGCAUACUGUGGAAACCCAAUGACAUAAUACAGUGUAAAAUCCAUUUCAGAUACCUAACAAUAUGCGCACAAUGUGAAGCAGAUAUCCAAAAAUGAGAAAACAUUGUCAAUCAUUCUAUAAGGAAACAAAUAACAUAUAGACCACACUAGAUUUCCAGUAACUUUGACAAUAGGAUACAGUUUAUUACAGAUUUUCAGUAACCAAGUAGAAAAUAUACACACUGAAUUUACACACAUAACCUAAACACUGUGCAACGUAUUGAAGAUAUCCAAUACUGUAUUGACAUUGUAUGGAAUGCACUUUUGUUACUGAGCAUAGAGUACGGCGUAGUCAUCCAAUACCAGAUCAUAAAAAUUUUACAAUGUGGAAAUAAGCCAUUGAGUCCACACUGACUCUGUGAAGUGUAUCCCACACCAUCCCUUUAACCCAAUAUUUCUCAUGGUCAAUCCACCUAACCUGCACAUCUUUGGCCUGUGGGAGAAAACCAGGGCACUUGGAGGCAAUCCACACAGACAUGGGGAGAAACUACAAACUCCACACAGCCAGUUUCACCCAAGGCUGGGAUUGAAUCCAUGGUGCUGGGAGGCAGGCGUGCUAACCACCGUGUUGCCCUCUGAAGAGCUAUGAAUCUUCCACAGUUCCCCGUCAGACUACUGCAUGCAGUAUCCCAAUUGGUUGAAGAAUACAAGAGUUUAUUUUGAAAACUUCCAGAGAUUAAAAACAGGACCAAUCAGGAAAUAAACAAAAACACAGAUUAGCCUUGCAGAUAGCCCGUAGGGCACCAUUUGCACACUUGGAGCUGACCCUGUACAAACAUCACCUGAGAGGUGUUUAUUAUUCUCGAGUCAUAGAGUUGUAGAGCAUGGAUCAGACCCUUCGGUCCAACUAGUCCCAUUUGCCUGCAUUUGGCCCAUCUCCUAAUACCAUUUAAUCAAGAGCUUUUCAUCUCUGGCUAACAUGAUUAAAGGUCUAGACCUCAAAGCUCUUGCCAUAGCUCAGUGGUCCUCAAGCAGAAAGUAAUGCUCUUUUAUCCAUUAGACCGUGUUGCCAGACAUUAGGUCAUACUGUUGAGGAAACAUAUAUAAAAUUUAAUUCUGAUAACCAUAGUGCAUGCAAUAGAGGAGAUUACACAUCUGCACAGACGUUGGGCUUGAUUCUUUACCGUGACACACCAAAGCAAUGUAAAACUGGACUGUGUUAUGUGAUGUCUGAGCAUCGUAUUGAUUUUCUGUCUCAUAUUGCUGCCCCCAAGGUAUCUGCUAUCUCAAAUGUCUCACAUGUGCCAAUCCCUGUUCUUAUUAUCUGCUCUUGAGGAUUUGGGUAUCAGACAUUUAAGCUUCCAGGAGAUGAAGAUUUAUUAUUUGCUGAGUACAAUUCAGCUGCUUGGGCCAAUGAUUUACAGAGCAUUAAGCAUAAACAUCGAAGAGGAAGAGCCGCACAAUAUGGUUUUGAUGCAAGUGAUGGAUGACAGCAAGUGUUGAAUUUUCUUUCGAGAGUUUAAUGUGGAAAUAAAUCAGUUUGGUCCAAACAAAGGCUUUAACUGCAAGGAAUUCCUAUGCUGAUGUCCCAGAGUUCCAAUCAUAUACAUAGCAUUCUGAUAAAUGGAAGAACUAACGACUUGUGUACCAUAUUACUUGCAGUGGUAAGACAAUGAUCAGUCAACAAGGAGAUCAGGGAUUUCAGGAUCUAGUGCUCCCCAUCAGAUGAUUCCCAUUGACGUAACUCACCACAACCCACCUAUUGCUCAUGUAGAGCUCAUCUAUUGAAGAGAUUUGCGUGUGUGGGACAGUGGAUUUAUAGAGGUUUAGAGAUUGCUCACCCACUUCAUUAAAAAGUAUAAAGAAAUCGAAGAGAAAAGACAAUUGACUGUUGUAUUGACCUAAAAAUCCAAUCACUAUCUACUGCAAUUAACCUAGUGCCUUACAUUUAGCUGAAGUAUUACCAAAGUGCAAUUUUUGCUGCAUUGAUCUAAGUGCCUGAGCAUCCACACAAUGCCUUAUACCUUAACCUGAGGGAAAGUCCUAGCAUCAAUCCAAUGCCUAAUAAAUUAAGCUGAGAAACCUUACAGUCAACCCAAUGCCUUACAUGUUAAUCUGAAAGUCUUACAGGAACCCAAUGCCUUAUGCCUUAACAUUAGGACCUUACAAUUGACCUCAUGCCUUGUACAUUAAGCUGAGGGAGAAAAUUGGCAUCAACACAAUGCCUGACAAACUGAGAGCCCUUAAGGUCAACCCAAUGCCUUACACAUUAACCUAAAAGUCUUACAAUGUCUUGUGCCUUAAGAUAAGUACCUUCCAAUCCACCCAAUGCCUUAUGCAUUAAACUGAGGACUUACAGUCAACCUUAUGUUUUAUAUGUUAACCCAAGAGCUGAAAAGUCAAAAUAAUGCCUUACACAUUGAGUAUCUUCUCACAGAACAUCCUAAAUACACUGAAGGGCAUCUCAUAGUAAUGGUUGUUUAACUCUGCAGCACUGAAGGCUGUGAUGUGCUACUCCCAGCGAACCCAGUAUCAAUUGCACUCGUAUGAUUGCCAAUUUCUUUAGCAAUUAAUCUUUUACAUAUCAAUCCAGUAUUUGCAACCACUCAUCAAAAUUGUCAACCUGGUGUGUAUGGAUCUAAAAGUCCAAUGGUACGUGAUAAAUGCACACCUUUACAUCACUUCUGUAAUCAGUGAAGGUUCCUUUGCGGCUUACAUACUAUAGGGAAACGAGGUGAGAUUUAGUAUAUUUCAUACUGGAAACCAUCACCAAGGUGUUGACAGGCUUCAGACAGUACAACUUCCAUUCUGGAUGGAAGUAUGGUCAGAAAGAGUGAGGCAAAACGUGAGACUUCAUCUUUAAUGGCUACAAACAACAAUUCCUGUCUCCUUACACCAUGCCCAUUUAUUCUAUCUGUCUACUGUGAGAUGUAGCAGCAGAAGUGGAUACAGGAAGUCUGACUCUGACUCGUUCUCCCUGAUAAUGACCACAAGGAAAUAAACCUCUUGAGCAGUUUACAACUUACAGGUGUUUAACCCUUUAUUCUUUGUUUUACAAAAAUAUGUACAUUUUAAUGUUAUAUAUUUUGUGAAAUACUAUGUCUUGUACAAAACAAUAAAUGAAAGUGUUUGCACCAAAAAAA